UAUUUUGGCGAUGGAGUGAAGACUUUGCUACCUAGGCUGGCCUUGAACCUCAGUCCUCCAGAUCUUCAGCUGCCCCCUGAGUAGCUAGGAGUGCAGGCGUGACCCCUGGUGCUCAUCAGCUCAUUCACCUUGCCAUCUUGUUGCACCACUGUGCUAGAAGGAGGCUGGCGACUGCCGGAGGAGCCCAGAGCCGGUGCCUGAGCUGGUCAGCCAUGUCAUCUGAGCCUCCCCCGCCGCCACAGCCCCCCACGCAUCAGGCCCCGGUCGGGCUGCUGGACACUCCUCGGGGCCGGGACCGGUCACCUUCUCCACAUCGGGGCAACGUGGUCCCCAGCCCUCUGCCCACCCGCCGGACCAGGACCUUCUCCGCGACGGUGCGGGCAUCCCAGGGCCCUGUCUACAAAGGAGUCUGCAAGUGCUUCUGCAGGUCCAAGGGCCAUGGCUUCAUCACCCCAGCUGACGGCGGCCCCGACAUCUUCCUGCACAUCUCUGAUGUGGAAGGGGAGUACGUCCCGGUGGAAGGCGACGAGGUCACCUAUAAGAUGUGCUCCAUCCCACCCAAGAACGAGAAGCUGCAGGCUGUAGAGGUGGUCAUCACUCACCUGGCACCGGGCACCAAGCAUGAGACGUGGUCGGGGCAUGUCGUCAGCAACUAGGGGACCCGCACGACCCUUCUCCCGGGUUUGGGGGAGACUUUGGGGGGAGGAGGAGGCAGGGCUACCCCGGCCAUGACGACAAUUCUAUCAUGCGAUGGGGCUUCCAGUUGGGACGCGGCAUUCCUGGAGGAGGAGAGGGGAAUGGGGGAGGGUAGGCAUGGGGGGUGGAGAGGGGCUUGGCGGCCACCAGCACAGCCUCCCGUCAUCGCAACACGCUCUCCCCACCUGAAAAGCAUUAAAAGCAUUUAAAAAGGAGAGGCGCCCCCUGGUGGCUGAGUGGAAGGGCCACCCUGCUCCCCCUAGCUCUGGGGUGGGUCCCUGGUAGUAUUUUCCUAGCUGUUGGGCUCAGCCCGCCCAUCCCCUCCUGUAAUUGGAGAUUCAAAAUCCUCAGGCCUGUGGCCUACUGAGACUUCCCCGGGGAAAUUCCUCGCGCCCCCCCCCCCCCCCCCCCCCGGGCUGUCUUUGGAAGGAGGGGCUUGGCUUUCAGUGCCUUUGUGGUAGUGUCACUGCCAUCUGGGACAAGUGUUCCCACAGGAGCGGAUUCCCAUCCUCCCCACCAUCCCCCCCAUCCCUGGGGCUAAUCGCUACUUUCUCUGAAACUUUGUCCCUUCGCUGUCUAGUUUCUGGACACCUGCAGUUGUCCCAGGCCCGCCCAUUCAGGUGGGGAUGGAGAUGGGUGCAGGGCGGCAUUCUGGGAAAGGGAGGUCUUUUGUUUAAACACAGAACUUUUCUCUGGCGGGCAUGGUGAUUCAUUUGUGUUAAUUCCAGCACUUGGGAGGCUGAGGCUGGAGGACCGGAUGUUUAAAGGCCAAGCUGGGAUACACUGAUCUUGUCUCAGAAAAACAAGGGUUUGGGGGUGUGGUUCAGUGGAAGAGUGUUGCUGAAUAUUCCAGAAGCCCUGGGUGCCAUCCCCAGCACCACAAAAGAAGACCUUGGUCUGCACCCAUCCUUCCAGAAAGACUGUGCAUUCCGCUUGUAGUCAGCCUUGGAAAGCGAGAAAUUGAUGGAGAAAUGGACGUUUGGUGAGGGUUGCGAUGGAGUUCUUUCACACUGGUGUUAAGAAAUGCUUAUAGAUCCUUUUUAAAAAAGUGAUCCUGGAGCCUGGCUUCCUCCUCAAGAAGAAAACCUGAUCGUUUUCAUUUCCUUUGAUAUUGGGAGCUUGAACCCAGGGUCUUUUGCGCUGGUUUUUGUUUUUGUUUUUUUCAUUUUCUUUUUUAAGCAGUCACCCAGAGCUGGCUGUUUGCACCUGGCAGCGACAGUGUGGGAUUCCGUAGUUAGUUCCAGUGUGUGCAUGCUUAUGGCUUUCUUUGCUGUGUGCUUUGGUUUUCAUUGGGAUUUAAAAAUAGCAAUCAUUGGGGCAAUCAACAGUCCGUAUGUAGUCAGGAAUGCUUGACAGCACCGAGAGGUGGGUCUUGAAGCCAGGCUGAUGAUCUGGCCAGGAUAGGCAAAAGCCCAACUGAUCUGGGCAGCCACACGGGCUGCGUGGAGGGUCUACUCGUGGAUGCCGUUGGUCGUUCUAGCCCUGUGGGGCGAAGACUAGACAUCAUUUGCCAGGGAUACUUAUUUGAAGUAGGGGGAUGAGUGUGUGUGUGUAGCCACAGCCAUUCAGUUAUAGAUUGUUUUGUCACUGGCCGUGCACCGUGGGGUGGCCAGGUCAAAGGUGGUCCCCUUUCCCGCUGGUGUUGGCUUCCUCUCCCCUGUGUUCCCAGGGGCCUGGCCACUGAGUACACGGCACAAUUCCCAAGCCCCUGGCUUCUCAACGUCUCUGGAUGGCUGUCCUGGCUCAGGCGUGCUGGCUGGCUGGCUGGCGGCCGGCUCUGCCCCCACGGUGACCGCUGGAUUCUCUCACUUGGCAGAAUCCUUUGUAUAAAGGGCUUUCUGUGCGGCCACAUCUUUUCAGUUCAGGAACGUUCUGGAACUGCAAGCUUUGAGAGCUGAAAGGGACCUGCUAUCCCCUCAGUCUCAGUUUACGAAUGGAGAGGGACACAGGGUUAGUGACCGGGCUGCGCCUCCCGCCAGCCACCUUUCUCUAUUCAAUAAAGUCUGUUUUGCGCACA